GUGUUCUUCCAGCGCCAAGUCGUAAGUCGCCUCGAAGUGGUAGAAAAGCGCCUUCUCCGGCGUCCUUGGUGCGGAGUGAAAACAGAGACCCAGAGGUGGGAAAACUGGAUGUGGAGUUAGCCGCGGGAGACACUCAAGUCCGGCCGGGAGAGUGGCCAUCGAGGUAACAGAUGCGACAGCCAAGGAAGGUUAUCUGGCUGGUUUUUUUGUUCUUGUGUGAUUUCUGACAUAGCACGAACUAUGUCAUGGAUCAAAGAAGGAGAGCUGUCUCUUUGGGAACGGUUCUGUGCCAACAUCAUAAAGGCUGGCCCAGUGCCCAAACAUAUUGCAUUCAUAAUGGACGGCAACCGUCGCUAUGCCAAGAAGUGCCAGGUGGAGCGGCAGGAGGGCCACGCACAGGGCUUCAAUAAGCUUGCUGAGACUCUGCGCUGGUGUUUGAACCUGGGCAUCCUCGAAGUGACUGUCUAUGCAUUCAGCAUUGAGAACUUCAAGCGUUCCAAGAGUGAGGUUGACGGGCUCCUGGAUCUAGCCCGACAGAAAUUCAGCUGCUUGAUGGAAGAACAGGAGAAGCUGCAGAAGCAUGGCGUGUGCAUCCGGGUCUUGGGCGAUCUGCAUCUGCUGCCCUUGGACCUCCAGGCGAAGAUCGCACAUGCUGUCCAGGCUACUAAGAACUACAACAAGUGUUUCCUCAAUGUCUGCUUUGCAUACACAUCGCGUCAUGAGAUCACCAAUGCUGUGAGAGAGAUGGCCUGGGGCGUGGAGCAAGGCCUGCUGGAACCCAGUGAUGUCUCCGAGUCUCUGCUUGAUAAGUGCCUCUAUAGCAACCACUCUCCUCAUCCCGACAUCUUGAUUCGGACUUCUGGGGAAGUGCGCCUGAGUGACUUCUUGCUCUGGCAGACCUCCCAUUCCUGCCUCGUGUUCCAGCCUGUCCUGUGGCCAGAAUACACAUUUUGGAACCUCUGUGAGGCAAUCCUGCAGUUUAAGCUGAACCAUAAUGCACUUCAGCAGAAGGCCCGAGACAUGUACGCUGAGGAGCGGAAGAGGCACCAGCUGGAGAGGGACCAGGCUGCAGUGACAGAGCAGCUGCUUCAAGAGGGGCUCCAGGCCAGUGGGGAUGCUCAACUCCGACGGACACGCUUGCACAAACUCUCCACCAAACGGGAAGAACGAGUCCAAGGCUUCCUGCAGGCCUUGGAACUUAAAAGGGCUGACUGGCUGGCACUUUGGGGCACUGCAUCUGCCUAAGUGAAGCUGGCUACCAGCCACAUUACCCUGCCCUCUACCUCUUGGGCCCCGACUCUUCUUUUCCUUUCCUUUUCUUUGGGAAAGGCACCUCCCUGUUUCUGAUGAGUCUACCUGUGACAGUUACCCUUGAAGUUUAAGAUAGAAUCUCUCAUGUGUACACUAAAUCUAAGUCCUCCCACUAAUACAUUUGGGGAACAGGGGACCCUAACUCAUUAGCUAUAUGCCCUGUCUCUGUUUUUGGAUGCAUGUUUUUUCCACCAGCAUAUCCUUCAACGUGCAGAAGAGAUCUUCCCAAAGCCCAGGCCUUUACUGAUCCUGCCUAAGCCCUCCCCAUGUGACUUCCACAAAAGAUUUGGAUCUACUGGUAAAUUUUCAGUGAUAGGCAGCCAACAUUAUUGGGCAGGGAAGAAAGGGGUUGGGGGACAGGAGGAAAAUGUGCCGUCUGCUGCCCCUCCCCUUGGCUUUCCUCCUGGGAUUUGCUAUUGAACCUCCACCCCCUCCCACUAGCAGUACUGAUUGCUCACUGAAAGGCUCAGCCCCCCAAUGGCUCAUGGAAGCCAGGCGGGUGAUUACAAUCCAAUUACCUAUUGUUGACUCAGCCCACACAAGCUUUACUCCCCCAUGCAGGGCAUGGGGCCAGGCUCCACUCCCCUGUGAGACCCAGCCCCCUCCAUGACUACAGACAGGGUGGCAGAAGGGCCUGUAGAGGUCCUAGAGUCUAAUCCAACACAGGUCAACACAUCAGGACUGAACAAAACCAAGCCUUUCUCAGUUGACAUCUCCUUCCCUCAGCAUCUCAAACUGAGUCCCACUUCCAGUCUUCAGAGUCCUCACAACUCUUGGACCUGGCUCCCUAAGUAGGCUCUGAGACAGUUUGCUCUCUGCAUGGCAGAACUUACUCUAGCCCUCUCAGCCUGUGAGGCCAACUCUCCCCAGCAGGAAAGGGGCAAGGUGGCAUCCUUUCCCAGCCUCCCCAUAGGGCGGUGGAGAGAGGACUACCUUUGAAGAAAGGUCUGCUUGAGCUACUGUGCUUCAGAUGUACCAGAGCUGUAAGUACUAGCCAGAAAGCCAACCAAAUGCC